AUGUCGUCCUCCGGAACCGUCACGCCUGCCCAGGCCAACAGCAGCAGCUGGACCGCAUUUGUGAAGUCCAUUGCCUCCUUCAAUGGCGACCUCUCAUCCCUCACCGCGCCUCCCUUCAUUCUCUCGUCCCAGUCCCUCACCGAGUUCUCCGCCUACUGGGCCACCCACCCUCCCGUUCUGACCGCCCCCGUCGCCGAGGCGGACCCGGCGAAGCGCACCAUGCUCGUCCUCAAGUGGUUCCUCUCCACCCUUAAGCACCAGUACGCCAGCCGCAGCGAGCAGUACGGUAACGAGAAGAAGCCUCUCAACCCCUUCCUCGGCGAACUGUUCCUUGGCACUUGGUCCGAUGACGCUGGCACUACUACCCUCGUCUCUGAGCAGGUCAGCCACCACCCGCCUGCCACUGCCUACUGCGUCCGCAACGAAAAGACUGGCGUCGAACUCGAGGGAUAUAACGCCCAGAAGGCCACUUUCAAGAGCACCAUUAUCAUCAAGCAGAUUGGUCACGCCGUCCUCCGUGUGCCCCUCCCCGACCGCGAAAUCGAAUCCUACCUCAUCACACUACCCUCUCUUCACAUUGAGGGUCUCAUCUUCGGAUCCCCUUUUGUUGAGCUUGACGGCACCAGCUACAUCGCCUCCUCCAGCGGCUACACCGCAAAGAUCGACUACAGCGGCAAGGGAUGGCUCUCCGGCAAGAAGAACAGCGUGACCGCCACCGUCACCCCCUCCGGAAAGGACAAGGAAGUGCUCUAUAACGUCACCGGCCAGUGGAACAAGGCCUUUGAGAUCUAUGAGGGCCCCGUCAAAUCAAACUCCAAGUCCACCCUCGUUGCCACUUACGAUGCUGUCGCUACUGCGCAGACCGAGCUUGAGGUUGCCCCCGUCGAGAAGCAGCACCCUCUUGAGUCACGCCGCGCUUGGGCACGAGUCGCCAAGGCUAUUCAGGAUGGCGACAUGGACGUCACCUCAAUCGAAAAGACUAAGAUUGAGCAAGCCCAACGUGAGAUGCGCACCAAGGAGCGCUCUGAGGAGCGCUCUUGGGAUCGUCAGUACUUCACCGCUGUAGAGGGCACAGACAGCGUCCUCGAGCAGCUUGGCAAGGUCGUUGGCGUACCCGUUGAUGGCGAUGCGGACAAGACUGGUGGUCUUUGGCGGUUUGACAAGACCAAAGCCGGGAAGCAGGCAGCCACAGAGUUGAGUAGCGACGAUGUAACGAAGAUCGAAAAGGAGCUCCUGGGUUGGUAG